ACGGGUAUGCCCAGUGUAGUGGGAGUCAGUUAUAAAUUCUUGGGAUGGCUGUAUGCUUGUGAUGAAUUGCAGCCAUUAGGGCCUGAAUCCUUCCCUGCUGGAUCCCCGGCUCUGAAUGAGCUGAAUCCCUUAAGUCCCUGGGCAGCGUAUCAGCAAGUGUGUGCUCAUUGCUAAGCCUGCGCACGGUUGGAUGGCACCAAACCCACACUGAUGGGUCCCAGCAUAUAGAUUAUUAGAUUAUGGAUUUCCAGUACUACUGUGAUAUGAAGUGAUUGUGGUGAGCAUUUUGGAUGUUAGUUAAAGGACAAAGUUUGUAAAUGCCCUUGGGAGUAUUUUUAUUACAUUCCCAUGUAAAUUUAUCUUUCCAUCAUAACUUACUGGGAAGUUUCAGUGCUGGUUUGAUCUCAGGGAUUCAGUUACACAAUGUGCCGUAGGCUUUAAAAUCAGUUUCUUUGCCUGUACAUGCUCAUGUAUUAGCUGAUUUUUCAGAGGAGGUAGUGAUGUAAGCCUAGACAUCUGAGGUGAAGAUAAAGCCCUUGAUCUGCCUGUAGUUUGGGUUAGCUAAAGCACUUUAGCAACUUGCACUCAAAACAUGGUGGAUUUAAAACUGGGUGAGUAUGCACACAAAUAUUUCAAAGCAUCCCUGAAACCACUAUGAAUAAAACGGAAAGAUAUGAAAUGAUAGCUGAAAGGGCCUGUGAAAUCUGAGCACAGGGUAAGUGUUUUAGCCAGACCUUUGAGAUCAAGGCUAAGGUGUGUAAAGCUGAAUGUAUCUACAGAACGGUCUGGUUUUUCAAGGAUUCAGAAGGCCUCGUUGACCCAUCAGAUACAGGUGGAGUCAAUGCAGAGAGGGAUUUACCUGCCUGAAUGGAUGGCACCCCAGUCCUGCCCUCCCUUCCUCACCGGAGCUGCAGGAGGGCAGCACCAGCAUCCGUGUUCUGAGGUGGCGUGUCAGAGGGACCACCUGGGUGAUAGCUGGGAACUUUUAUGCCACAUCCUGGGAGUUUCAUUUCCAGAGCAGUUUUUUUUCAAACCUCACGGAAGUACUUGCUCACACAGACUGAGAGGUGUGGGCUGCAGGAAACUGAGCACUGGCCUUGCUCUUUUGUAGGACGAUGAUUCCCGUGACCGAAUUUCGCCAGUUCUCGGAGCAGCAGCCGGCGUUCAGAGUGCUGAAGCCCUGGUGGGAUGUGUUCACGGACUAUCUCUCUGUUGCCAUGCUGAUGAUCGGUGUGUUUGGGUGCACAUUACAGGUCAUGCAAGACAAGAUAAUAUGCCUUCCAAAGCGCAUACAGCCUUGCCAGAACCAAUCUAAUAGUUCAAAUGUGUUUAAUACAAUCCCAGAUACAACCCCCCUUCCUCCACCUAAGCCAUCCACCCCUCCAGCUACAGUUGAAAUGAAAGGACUGAAGACUGAUUUGGACCUUCAGCAAUACAGCUUUAUAAAUCAGGUGUGCUACGAACGUGCUCUGCACUGGUAUGCCAAGUACUUCCCUUACCUUGUCCUUAUACACACACUGGUCUUCAUGCUGUGUAGUAACUUUUGGUUCAAAUUCCCUGGAUCGAGCUCCAAAAUCGAACACUUCAUUUCAAUACUCGGGAAAUGCUUUGAUUCUCCCUGGACAACAAGAGCCUUAUCUGAAGUGUCAGGGGAAGACUCUGAAGAGAAGGAUAACAGGAAGAACAACAUAAACAAGUCUAAUACUAUCCAGCCAAGCACUGAGGGCACUUUGGUCAAGUCACAGUCUUUAAAAUCAAUUCCUGAGAAGUUGGUUGUGGAUAAGGGAACACCUGGGGCAUUAGAUAAGAAAGAAGGUGAACAGGCCAAAGCACUCUUUGAAAAGGUGAAGAAAUUCAGACUGCAUGUUGAGGAGGGUGAUAUUCUUUAUGUCAUGUAUGUUCGCCAGACUGUACUUAAGGUAAUUAAAUUCCUGAUUAUUAUUGCUUACAACACAGCACUUGUCUCAGAAGUCAAUUUUACAGUAGUCUGUAAUGUUGAUAUUGAAGAUAUGACAGGAUAUAAGAAUUUCUGCUGUAAUCACACAAUGGCACAUCUGUUCUCUAAACUUUCUUACUGCUACCUGUGCUUUGUAAGCAUCUACGGCCUCACAUGCCUUUAUACACUAUACUGGUUGUUCUACCGUUCGCUGAAAGAAUAUUCUUUUGAAUAUGUUCGGCAAGAGACGGGAAUUGACGAUAUCCCGGAUGUCAAGAAUGACUUUGCUUUUAUGCUUCAUAUGAUUGAUCAGUAUGAUCCUCUCUAUUCCAAGCGGUUUGCUGUCUUCCUAUCUGAAGUCAGUGAAAAUAAGCUGAAACAGCUGAACCUGAACAACGAGUGGACUGCCGAUAAACUGCGACAGAGGCUGCAGACGAACUCCCAUAGCCAUUUGGAGCUACAGCUCUUCAUGCUUUCCGGACUACCAGACACAGUUUUUGAAAUUACUGAGCUGCAGUCAUUAAAGCUUGAAAUAAUUAAUAAUGUAAUGAUACCAGCAACCAUUGCACAGUUGGACAAUCUCCAGGAACUCUCAUUGCACCAGUGUUCUGUGAAGAUCCACAGCGCUGCCUUGGCAUUUCUGAAAGAGAAUCUCAAGAUCUUGAGCGUUAAGUUUGAUGACAUCAGAGAACUUCCACACUGGAUGUAUGGCCUCAGAAAUUUGGAAGAGCUCUAUUUAAUUGGCUCCCUAAGUCACGAUAUUUCCAAAAACAUUACACUGGAGUCUUUUCGGGAACUUAAAAGCCUUAAAGUUCUUUACAUAAAAAGUAAUUUGUCCAAAAUCCCACAAUCUGCUGUCGAUGUUUCAAGUCACCUGCAAAAAUUGUGCGUCCAUAACGAUGGCACUAAGUUAGUGAUGCUCAACAAUCUGAAGAAGAUGGUCAACCUGACACAGCUGGAAUUAGUUCAUUGUGAUUUAGAGCGCAUACCUCAUGCAGUUUUCAGCCUUCUCAGUCUUCAGGAAUUGGAUCUAAAGGAAAACAACCUCAAAUCCAUCGAAGAAAUAGUAAGUUUUCAACAUCUGCGAAAACUGACAAUCCUAAAGCUCUGGUACAACAGUAUAACAUACAUCCCAGAGCAUAUAAAGAAACUCACGAGUCUCGAGCGGCUUUCCUUCAGCCAUAACAAAAUAGAGGUUCUUCCGUCCCACCUAUUCCUAUGCAACAAAAUCAGAUAUUUGGAUUUGUCUUACAAUGACAUUCGCUUUAUCCCACCUGAAAUAGGAGUUCUGCAGAGUUUACAGUACUUUUCCAUUACUUGCAACAAAGUGGAGAGUGUGCCAGAUGAACUAUACUUUUGCAAAAAACUUAAAACUCUGAAAAUUGGGAAAAAUAACUUGUCAGUCCUUUCACCUAAAAUUGGUAAUUUGGUAUUCCUCUCCUAUUUGGAUAUUAAAGGCAAUCACUUUGAAAUCCUCCCACCUGAGCUCGGAGAAUGCAGAGCUCUGAAGCGGACUGGUUUCACUGUAGAGGACACCUUGUUUGAAACGUUGCCUUCUGAUGUCAGGGAGCAAAUGAAAGCUGAAUAACUAACUUCCUCUUGCUCAGUUUUACAGAAAUAACGCUUCUACCAAAUACGCUGUAGAAAGUGCAUACUCCAAAUAUGCGUUUAGUUUGUCAUGAUUUUUUUCAUUUUCAAACAAAUCCUUUCUGUACAAACACAUUUGGAGUAAGGAGUACAUAUAUUUUUAAAUAAAAUUGCCUCGUAUUUUU